UGUGAUGCUGUCCGGCCGAGUAAAGCAAACCACUUGUUCUUUUGUGAUGUUCUUCCGCACGGUCUACAUGCUACAGGGAUUCCAAGAUGGAAAUCCAGGGGCCGGCGGAUCAGCGACAGCAAGAUGGCGGCCAAAAGUUCCCCGCACAAGCGGGAAGUAAGGAACCGCUGGAUGAGAGUUCUGAUGAGGAAGAGAAGCAGCCCGGACCUGAUAACGAGGCGGAGGAUGGGCAGCCGGUUUACAUGCUGCUUAACCUCAGCGAAGAAGCGGCGGCGGCCCCGGCAGUCAGUGGAGAUCUGGUGCGGCCUGGUCCUUCUACCGCCUCCUCCUCCUCGGAGCUGGGCCUGCCGGGAUACUUGACUGUGAGGCUGGAGAAUGGCGUGCUCACCCUGGGAGGGAGAAGGGCGGAGGGCAGUGACCUUGCGGAGCCCCAGGCUAGUGAUAUCCAAUCACAGCAGGUCUGGGCCUCGGAGCUGGAGGGUGGCAGUAGCAGUGGGGCCGCACAGCGCUUCCCUGAGGACCUGGAGGAUGUGGAUUUGGUUCUGAGGGACAGUGAGGAUGAGCAAGUAGCCGGCUUCCUGGUUGGGGAGAUUGGGGAGCUGCAGGUGAACUUGGGGGAGGCCUUGGACCUUGCCAGGAAGGGGGUGCUGCUGGUGUUCCGCUGCCCAGAGCCCGGCUGUGCCAAGGCCUUUGACCGUAAGCAGCAGCUGAAGGUCCAUUUGCUGAGCCACACUGAAGGCGAGCGCCCCUUUAAAUGCACCGUAGCCAACUGUGGCUGGGCCUUCACCACCCUGUACAAGCUCAAGCGCCACGUGCAGACCCACGACAAGCAGCGACCCUUCUCCUGCGACGUGCCCGGCUGCGCCAAGAGCUUCACCACCGUCUACAACCUCAAAGCCCACCUAAAGGCCCACGAGCAGGAGAAUCUUUUUCGCUGUGACACAUGCGGGGAGACCUUCUCCGCCUCCACCAAGCUCAGCGCCCACCGGAGGAUCCACUUUGAGCCCGAGAGACCCUACAAGUGCGAAUUCUCCGGCUGCGACAAGACUUUCAUUACAGUCACUGCCCUCUUCUCGCACCAUAGAGCUCAUGUUCGGGAACAAGAACAGUUCUUCUGCUCUUUCCCAGGAUGUAACAAGCAAUACGAUAAAGCGUGUCGGCUGAAAAUCCACUUGCGCAGUCAUACAGGCGAACGGCCUUUUAUUUGUGACUAUGAAGGCUGUGGUUGGACAUUCACAAGCAUGUCCAAGUUGUUAAGACACAAAAGGAAACAUGAAGAUGACCGGAGAUACCCUUGUCCUGUGCAAGGUUGUGGGAAAUCCUUCACAAGAGCAGAGCAUUUGAAAGGUCACAGCAUUACACAUCUGGGAACAAAGCCAUUUGAGUGCCCCAUUGAUGGCUGCGGAGCCAAGUUCUCUGCUCGUAGCAGUUUGUACAUCCAUUCCAAAAAGCACCUCCAGGAUAUUGACGCGUCAAAAACGCGCUGCCUCGUGUCCAGCUGCAACAAGAUGUUUACGUCCAAGCAAAGCAUGAAAUCACACAUGGUCAGGCAGCACAACUUCAGCCCAGAUCUUUUGACCCAACUGGAAGCCAGUUGCGCUCUCACCCCAAGCAAUGAACUUACAAGCUUAGGCCAGAAUGACCUCAGUAACUUGGACCUCUCCUCUAUCUUCACCAAUGUGUCUUCUAAUGGCCCGGGGGUUUCAGCUGAUCUGACUCUUGUCAACUCUGGAAUACUAACUAUUGAUGUUUCAUCGGUGGGUUCCACGCUGGCAGGGAACCUUUCUGCAAACAGUUCUUUGGUGCAUCCUGUGGAUCCUUUGGUUUUGGUGUCUAACAAUGAAACACAACAAAGCUUGGAAAGCUCACUGCUGCUUGGAGCUGCUGCCUCGAUCCUUCAGCAGGGCACCUUACAGUUGGAUGAUGUGCAGACAGUGAAUGCAGAGGCUUUGGGUUCCUUGGCAUCUUUAUCCAUGAGAGCUUCUAGCCAGGAUAUUCAAGGUCUGACAUCCAGUAAUAGCCUGACUAUUGACUCAUCUACUUUAACUCCCUCAGUGAACCUUGGAGCUAGCAGUUCCGAGCCAGAAUUGCUGACUCAGGCCAAAACGGACAGGAAUUUGAUUCCAAACUCUGAGGUUGUAGGAGAACAGGAAGGAAGUAAAGUUGUAACACAGUUUGUAUUUCCCAACCCCACUGGUAGCUACAGUGCACAAAAGGAAAUGGAUUACAGUUUGGUAGCUGGGAGCUCGUCUCUGGAGAGCAGUGGUUCAGCGAGAACAGAUUACAGAGCCAUUCAGCUAGCCAAGAGCAAAAAAAAUGGCGGUUCUACUAGUGCAGGUAGGAAAUGCUCAUUAUAUGCAACCAGUGGGGCAAUAAAGGCAAGGCGUAGAGAAUUUAAAUGGCUCGGAUGGUUCUGCAUGUUUUGUUUGACUAUUUUCAAUCAAGGGACUUCGCCUACACAGAGGAAGAGCAAAAGUGCAAAGCAGAGCCCAGUGGCAUCUUCUAGUGGCAGCAGAUUUGGAAGCAACGCGGUUAUGCCGAAUGGAGGACUGACUCUACAAGACCCUGCUACUGGGGCACAGUUUGUGCAGAUUCAGCUUCUACAGGAUGAUCCCCCAGGAGAUAGUGACUUGCCUUUCCAGCUGAAUGCCCAGUCUCCGGCAUCCCAUGCCCAACUUACUGUUGAUCUGCCAGUACAUAUUCUGCAGGAGCCUCACGCUUCAACAGAGGAAGACGCGGCUUCAGAUAAUUCUCAGUUUACAGGAAGUACAAUAAAUCUGCAAGACCUGGAAUAAGGGGAUUUACAUUUAAUAUUGGGACAGAGAAUGGGAUGCUGCCGGUAUCUAGUGCUGCUUUGAUUCAGCCUAAUUCUAAGCUGGACCAAUACGUCUAUGAUAAAUGGGUUUUUUGGAUUGUAGGGGGCAUUUUCUUGUUGCACUAUAUUUUAUGCUUUUACCCAGAUGAUUUUCAUAUUAAUGGGACAUGUAUCUCUGAGGAAAAAAAUUCUGGGUGCUAUAUUUUUUUUUUUUAUCGUCAAUCUGAAGAGACUUUGAGAUGAAUGUGGAAUAGAAUGGACCUUUAAGUAGAACUUCUGCUGGAAAACAGUUUUUUUAAAAAAUACUCUGGUUCUCAUACUGCCCUCCAACUCCUGUAAAAGAGAAUUAAGCCCGUAAUAAAAAAAAAACCCUCCCCCCAGCCUACCUGCCCCCCUGGGUAAAUGCCCCUCCAUGCAGACUCUGGCCUCAGAGUUCACAGCAGCCAUUUUCUUUCUUCUGUCUUUUUCCGAAGUUUCGGCGCAUGCGCAGUUGGAGUAAAUUUCCGGUGCUGAAACCACUGCACAUGCACCGAAAGUCAUGAAAAUUUUUCAGAAGCUUUCGUGACUUUCGAUGCAUGCGCCUUUGUUCAGGACCGGAAAUUUACUCCAACUGUGCAUGCGCUGAAAAUGCCGUCAAGACACUAAGAUUACCGGAGAAGAAGAAGAUGGCUGCCGUGAACUCCGAGGCCAGAAUCUGCACGGAUCAGUGAGUAAAUAAUUAGGGGCAUUUGCCUGGGGGGCAGGUAGGCUGGGGGGAGGGGGUCUACCCAGGGUUGGGGGGAGGGUUUUUUUUUUUUAUUACGCGUUGAAUUCUCCUUUAAGAAGAAUCAUGGUUCAAGUCAAAGGUUUCAUGACGCGCUGCAUAAUAAUAAGAAAUCUCUUUAAGGGGAAGGGCACACGCUAAGAUUCAGGGAGAUUUAGGGUCUCGGCCACAAAUUGCCUCUUGUUCGGGCAACUAAUCUCCCCGAAAAGCCUUCCCGCUGGCUACAAUCUAAAUCGGAAAACUAAGCACUCCGAGUGCCAUCCUGCAGGUGAUUUUGAUUCUAGCCGUCGGGAAGGCUUUUCGGGGAGAUUAGUUGCCCGAAGAAGAGACUAUUUGUCGCCGGGCGACUAAAUCUCCCUGAAUCUUAGCGUGUGCCCUUACCCUCAGAGAGACUGCAUUAUCUACCUCCUCUAUAAAGACUCCCAGUGUUAAGUCUCUAGAUCAUGCACAAAGUCUCGUGCAAGUACAAGCUGCGGGCGUUGCUGAUUCCAUUACAAAAAAAAGAAUGUUUUUGUAAAUAAUAAUUGCUAAUAUUUAUUGGAGUGCAUGUUGCUGGAGCCAGUGUUUGCUAGGCUGGUUUGUCGGCUACAGUAAAGCAGACAUGAGCCCUGGGUCCCCAGCACUAGAGGGGCCCCUAUAUUUAAAUAGAUGUUGCACAUAGGACAUAUAUUGUGGAUUCAUUUUUUUAUAUGUUUCAGUAUAUUGAUCAGGGAAGCCCUCAACACAUAAGGGUCACAAUUGACAUCCCUAUGAUAUAUGUAAUGUUCUCCUCAGAUUGGGCCUAAGCCUGCCUUUGUUGGGGUGCGCCUUUUCUUAACUCCAGUUCUUGUGCUGUAUAGUUUUUUUGAUUGUUUUUCUCUUGGUUUUGUGCAAAAGUGUACAAAUGUAAAUGACUGUACAUAAAUAUAUCAAUAUUUUCCCUCUUUA